AUGGGUUCGGGCAGAUCUGGAGAAUACGGGCAGCGGUUGACCGUGUCGGUGAUGGUGUUGGUGUCGGUGGUGAUCGGAAACUUUGAACUAAUUUUCGUAUUACAAACUAGUAAAAGAAAGUUGGAAGUGGAAGACUCAAACAGAGAUAAUGGCGACCUUAAUGAAAGCAAGAAGACAGUUAAAAUUGGGAAUGAAAUUGUGUUUGACAUCUCAAUUGAAGAUCCCAUUCCUGUAGAAACCAUGAGUGAUCGCAGAGAGAAUAACGUUUCCAAUCAAUUUGCAAACCCUAAACAUUCCUGA